GCCAGGAGGAGAAGCCUGGGAUGGGUGACAGGCUGGAGAACUGGGCCAUGUGAGGGAACUCGCUCUGGAAGACAUGAGGAGGGAGAGAGGAUCUCGCAGGGGGACUGCCAGGUGAUUCUUUCCAGGCGGAGCAGACCUACAGAGAACCACUCAGACAACAAGCUCUUCAGCGUGCCGUUCAGGUCCUGCGAGAGAAAAAGGUGUCUUGUUCCUGCCUUUGGGAAUACAGAAGGCUCUAUAGAGAAAGACUGCACUGACAACCUGUGUGUACAGCACUUUUCCACUAAGUCAAAGCUUUCUUCUCUAUUGGAAUCCUUCAUCAAGUAAAAAGUCCAUGUGAGAGAUGGGAAGAGAGAAGGACGCUAAAGGAGACGGGAAGGCCAAGCACAGAGCAACGAAACUUAAAAGGCUAAGUGAUCAUGAAAUCGCCGGUGCCCGGGGCGAUACGCUCAAGAACAGCACAAAGCCAACUAAAUCUACAGAGAAAACCAAUACUGGAAAGUCUCAUAAGAAGGUCAAGACAUCUAAGACAGAGACCCUGGAGUCAGCCAACAGCCCCAGCAAGUUGGUGAAACUGGAGCCAGAGGAUGAGGACUUCACUGUGAAGAAGAGAGGGUUGAAAAGGAAAAGAAUCAAAGAUGAGCCCAUGGAAGGCCCUUCACGUUCUACUAUCACACCUACCUCUAAGAAAAAAAAUGAGCAGCAGUGGCAGGAAGACGAAAGUGAUGAAGAAUCUCAGAAUAAGAAGUCAAAGAAGAGAACAGAAAAGACAGUAAAGAAGGAGAAAGGAGAGCACCUGGUCUCAAAAAAACCCAAAAGGAAAAAGGAGGAGAUUGAGGAGGCAAGACAGUUGAAGAUCAAAAAGAAGGAGGAGGAGGAGCAGAAUCGCUGGAGAUGGUGGGAAGAAGAAAAGUAUGAAGAUGGGGUGAAAUGGAAAUUCCUGGAACACAAAGGACCCUACUUCCCUCCUGAGUACCAGCCUCUACCUGACAACGUUCACUUUUACUAUGAUGGUAAGAAGAUGAAACUGAGCCUGGCAGCUGAGGAGGUGGCACUGUUCUUUGCCCAGAUGUUGGACCAUGAGUACACCACCAAAAAGGUCUUCCGGGAGAAUUUCUUUAAAGAUUGGCGGAAGGAAAUGACCCAUGAGGAGAGGUCACUGAUUCAAGAUCUUGACAAAUGUGACUUUAGAGAGAUCCAUACUAUGCACAAAGCCAAGGUGGAGGCCAGGAAAAACAUGACCAAGGAGGAGAAACUGGCUUUGAAAGAAACGAAUCAGAAGAUAGUGGAUGAUUAUGGCUAUUGUCUGCUGGACCACCACAAAGAGCGUAUCGGCAACUUUAAGAUUGAGCCUCCAGGGCUGUUCAGGGGUAGAGGCGAGCACCCCAAACAGGGCAUGCUGAAGAAAAGGAUCCAGCCAGAGGAUGUCAUCAUCAACUGCAGCAAAGAAUCCUGUGACCCAGUGCCGCCUGCUGGUCACCACUGGAAGGAGAUUCGAUAUGACAACACUGUGACGUGGCUGGCCAGCUGGACUGAGAACAUCCAGGGCUCCAUUAAAUACAUCAUGCUCAAUGCCAACUCAAAACUCAAGGGAGAGAAGGACUGGGAGAAAUAUGAGGUUGCUCGGAAACUGAAGACAUGCGUUGACGACAUCCGUAACCAGUACCACCAGGAUCUCAAGUCUAAACAGAUGGGAACUCGUCAGAGAGCUGUAGCCCUCUAUUUCAUAGACAAGCUGGCGCUGAGAGCAGGUAAUGAGAAGGAGGAGGGAGAGUCAGCAGACACAGUGGGCUGCUGCUCGCUACGUGUUGAGCACAUCACCCUGCAUGAGCAACUGGAAGGCAACGAGUGUGUGGUGGAGUUCGAUUUCCUGGGUAAAGACUCCAUUCGCUACUACAACAAGGUCCCCGUCAUCAGGAAGGUUUUUAAGAAUCUUAAACUUUUCCUGGAGAACAAGCAAUCUGGAGAUGACGUCUUUGACCGCCUUAAUACAAACAUGCUGAACAAGCAUCUGAGUUCCUUAAUGCCAGGUCUGACUGCAAAGGUCUUCAGGACAUAUAACGCCUCUAUUACCCUGCAGCAGCAGCUCAAAGAGCUCACAAACAAGUCUGACAAUGUGGCAGAGAAACUGCUGUCCUACAACAGGGCUAACAGAGCAGUUGCUGUUCUCUGUAACCACCAGCGAGCGCCGCCAAAGACCUUUGAGCAGUCUAUGGCUAAUCUACAGGCCAAGAUUGAUGCUAGAAAGGAACAGCUGGCCCUAGCUAAGACGGAGCUGAAACAGGCCAAGAAGGAGGCCAAGACCAAAGGCAGCUCAGACCCCAAGCUGCAGAUGCUGGUGGAGCGUAAGAAGGCAGCAGUGAAGCGCUGUGAGGAGCAGCUGCUGAAGAUGGAGGUCCAGGCGACUGACAGAGAAGAGAACAAACAGAUUGCACUGGGUACCUCAAAGCUCAACUAUCUGGACCCACGCAUAAGCGUGGCUUGGUGUAAGAACAUGGAGGUACCCAUAGAAAAAAUCUACAAUAAGAGCCAAAGGGACAAGUUUGCCUGGGCCAUUGACAUGACAGAGGCAGACUUUGAAUUUUAACUUUAAUCUUCUGAAACUCCAGUCUCAUAAGUUGAUACUAUGAUGCAAUGAGGGAACCAUUCACUUUAUAUAUCAUACAGUACUUUAAUGUUGCAUUUAUAAUAUUCCAAAGACUGCGUGACAUGACCAAGCUCCAUCCUUUGACACGUUUUGUUUACUGCUGUUCAUUUCUGUUUAAUGCUUUUGGCACUUUAUUAUGAAGAUUGCUGUUGGUGA